AUGACGAGGGAUCGAUAUGACCUAUUGACGGCGAACCUCCACUUCAGCGACAAUGAAGAUCCGUCAGCAGCAGACGACAGGUUGUGGAAACUGAGGCCUGUAAUGGACACGCUGCAAAGGACCUUCAAGGAAGUCUUCACUCCGGAGGAGAAGAUAGCCGUCGACGAGUCACUGUGGGCUUACAGGGGACGUCAUCAUGCUGUCCAGUACAACCCGUCCAAAAGAGCCAGGUUUGGCAUGAAGGUAUAUAAAUUGUGUUCAAGUGACGGGAAGGCAGCAGGAUAUACAUCGGCUUUCCGAGUAUAUAGGGGGCAAGACCGAAGUGACGUCCCCGCAAGCAUGAAAGCAGUGGUAGACCUCAUGCAUGAAGCAGGUCUAUUCGAAAAGGGAUACCAGUUGUACCUUGACAACUGGUACUCCUCGCCCACCCUCUUCCACUACCUACAGUCCCGGAAGACAGAGACCGUCGGAACAGUAAGGCUAAACAGGAAAUUCAUGCCAAAGGACCUGUCAGUGAAGAGGAAGGGCGAAGUCGACAUCAGGACCUCUAGGGCAGGGAUGUUGGCAAUGUCAUGGUUUGACAAGAAGCAGGUCAACAUCCUGUCUACCAUCCACAGGGAAGAUGAGAUGGUCGACCUCCCACCCAAUAGAAGAGGGGAGAUCAGAAGAAAACCGCUGAGUGUUGUCGACUACAAUAAAGGAAUGAAAGGGGUGGACAUAAGCGACCAGCUUGCUCAGUCAUAUCCAGCAGCUAUAAAAACAAAUAAAUGGUAUGUAAAAUUGUUCUAUAACCUGCUGGGUGUGGCUUUCAUAAAUGUACAUGCAGUGCAUUAG